UUGCAUCUGUCAGAUGUGGAGGUGCUUUGCACCGUAAAACACGCCAUGGGAAGGUCGAACAUCCGGCCGUGGCUAUCAAGCAUUAAUGCAGUGCCAAGAAGCCAAAUUGGACCGAAACCCCUCCUCAUUGAGAAGAGCUUUGGUUCUCUUCCUUGGUUCCCUUCCGAGUUAUUACGUACUCCCCUGCGGUCAAUGCGUGAGAUUCUUCCUUCCGGUGGUAUGUGUGCUCCGGUAUACGGCCGCCCCUGCUUCGCAAAAUCAUGAUAAUAUCCUCCUGUCGGGCUUCUAGUCUCGAGAACGUCUUGAAAAGGGUUGAUCUGAGCGAUGCCCCGCAGUCAUUGCGAUACUCGGUGCCGUCUGCUUGUUCGUGACUUCGGACAUUCCGGCAGAUCGUACCACCGCCGCAAGAGAACGAGAGCGUCGUUAUAAGCCAAGCAUUGAAUUGUCAAGGCGUAACUCGUCGUCUCUCGUUGCCCUCACCAGUCCAUGAUGCUCAACUUCUUGCUUGCUUGUCUUCAAGCUAGCGCCAGCGCCGGGGCAGCAGUUGGCGGUCCCCAAGUCGCCCUCGAGUACGGCACCUUCCUUGGCUGGACGAACACUUCUAACGGUGUCGAGCUUUUCCUCGGUCUUCCGUACGCCGCCCCUCCAGUCGGGGACAAGCGGCUACGUCACCCCGCCCCUGUGAACAGCUUCCAAGGGGUGCAGGACGCCACGCGGCAGAAAGCCGACUGUAUGCAGGCCCCAUCUGCGCUGAACCCGAUCCCCGCUAGUCUUCUCGAGGAUUUUGCCAAUAUCAGCGCCACAACGUCUUCCCGGCCCGGUGUGGUUCAGACGGCGAACACGUCAGAGGGCUGUCUGUACGUCAACCUCUUCCGUCCGGAGGGGACGAGGGAGGGCGCCAAGCUGCCAGUACUGUUCUGGAUCUAUGGCGGGGGAGGGAUAAACGGUAGAAUAUCGGCCUACGUCCUCCCGGGGCAGAACAUUGUCCAAACCUCGGUGGAGAACGGCCAGCCGAUCAUAUUCGUCGCGGUCAAUUAUCGCAUGAGCAUAUGGGGGUUCUUGCCCGGCCAGGAAGUGAUAGACGCAGGAGUGUCGAACCUCGGUAUACUCGAUCAACGCGCCGCGUUGGACUGGGUGCAGAAGUACGUUGCUGCAUUCGGCGGUGACCCCGAGAACGUCACGGUAUCGGGAGGGUCGGCAGGAGCGAUAUGCACGUUCUUCCAGCUGCUGAUGUAUGGCGGCCAGAAUGCACCGUUUAAGCGUGCGAUCCUCAAAUCGGGCUCGCUCGUGCCUAUGGCUCCCUCACCCGCGGCGUACCCGCAAGCCCGGUUCGACAAGUUCGUUGCGCUCGUCGGGUGCGCUGAGGCUGUGGACAAGAUCUCCUGUCUCCGGGGGGUGCCGAACGAGCUCCUGGCGGAGAGUGUGGGGAACACGACGUUUUGGUGGACGAUCAAGGAUCUCGUAUUAUAUGCGCCUCAAGUCGACGGGUGGACACUGCCGGAUACGCCACAGAACUUGCUCAGGCAGGGAAGGUUCGCAAAGGUGCCGAUUAUUGUUGGGGACGUGAUGGAUGAAGGAGCGGGAUUCGAGGCCUUCUGGUGUAACGUUACUGAUGAAGAGGGGUUCGAGGGAUGGAUGGAGAACCUGUAUGUGAAGGGAAGGCUGAAGAGAAAUAGCGCUGCCUACCCACAAGAUCCGGCCCAGGGAAGUCCAUUCGGCACAGGCAAUCUGUACCAGCUCACACCCCAAACCAAGCGGAUGAACGCAAUCUUCGGUGACUACCUCUUCGUCGCUGCCCGCAGGUUCGUCCUCUCCCAGUACACUGCACAAGGGCUACCAGCGUGGUCCUACCUCUACGGACAUAGCCGCACAGCGUGGUACGGCGCCUCCCACGGAUCGGACAUCGCCUCCCUCUUCGGGCUUCUCAAGGACCAAGUGAGCAGAGGGAUGAUGACCGCAUAUAUCUCUUUCGUCACUACUGGGAACCCGAAUGCAUGUUGUAGCACUAAGUCCGCGUAG